UCAGUCAGCGCUUCGCACCGGCAUCGCUUUGGCUCGCUCCUCAUUUGAGAUCUCCCUCGAACACGUCCUCGUGCGGAUCAUCGCGUGCCCCCCAGUCGUCUCGCGAAAUCAAUGAACCCACGACAUAUCGGCAGGUACGUCCGGGCCUCGUUCAACUAAAGCGCGGUUAUAAAGCCUGCUAUAACAGAGAUACUGCUGGUACUCGAAAAGUCAAACGCGGUAGCCGAAGCUGCCACUUGUCGCUGCGGCUAAGCGGAGAUAAAGAGAAGGAAGAAAAGAGAGAGAGAGAGAAGAAAGAGAGAGAUAAAGAGAGUGUGUAUCGCGACGUGCAGCGAGAAGUGACAGAGCGUAGACGAGAUCGAGAGAAGAAAUCGAGGACCUGUAACGGGUCCUUAACGUUCAGGACGGUGCAUGUCUCGGAUCCCGUUUCUAAGCUUUUCCUCCGGCAACGCUUUGUCCACAUUCUUGAGAUUUCUGUCCAACAAAUUCGAGGAGAGCUACACGCCAACGAUAGAAGAUUUUCACAGGAAACUUUAUAGGAUCAGAGGCGAGGUUCACCAGCUUGAUCUCUUGGAUACAAGCGGAAACCAUCCGUUUCCGGCGAUGCGACGAUUGUCCUUCCUGACGGGAGAUCUCUUCGUUGUGGUGUUCAGCAUGGACUGUCGGGAGUCCUUCGAGGAGGCCAUCAGACUGAGAGAGGCGAUCCUCGAGACUAAAGUGAGCGCUACCCAGAGUGCCACAAAGAGCAGGAGAAGCCACUACAGUCUGAAGGUCCCUAUGGUCAUCGUGGGAAAUAAAUGCGACAAAGACGUAAAGACGGUCACGGUGGAGGAAGCCGAGCAAUAUUGCGUUAGUCAGGAUGAAUGCUGCAUCUUUGUGGAGGCUUCCGCGAAGCGAAACUAUCACGUGGAUGAACUUUUUUAUCAGCUAUUCGUGGUGGCGGGUCUACCUCUGGAGAUGGCUCCGAAUCAUCACCGAAAGGUGCCACUCACUUUCGGCUCGCCAACCAUGUUACCGCCCUCGCAGCCGCGGCACAAAGCCACUCUCAGCAUAAAACGCCGACUGAGCGACGCUUGCGGCGUCGUGGCGCCGAACGUACGACGUCCCAGCAUAAGGACGGACUUAAUGAUCAUGCGAACGAAGACGUGUUCGCUCGCGGCCGGGAAUGAGAACAACGCGCCAGGAUCUAGGAUCACGCUUAGAACAGGAAGAACGGAAUCCAGGAAGGCCUGCUCGAUACAGUGAUAUUUCAAAAUAAAUUUCACGCGCACGGACAAAUUUCUAGAAAUAUAAAGAAAUAUGGUAAUGUGUUUAAAAGCGAUCUUCGGAAACGAGUGUCAUUGUCUCUACUUGCUACAAUUUUACUGUGAUUAAUGUACGAGUGGCACUAUCUCUCUGUAUAUUUCAAUUUAUUAAAAUUGGUAUUUAUCAUCAUUAUAAUUUAUAAUAAUAAUUUUCUUAUAUAGCGUUUCUUGUCGGAGAGAGAAAAAGACGAGAGAAAGAAAGAUAACUAAUAUUGUUCGACAGAAACCUUAUAUAUGUUAUGCGAUCGAAACUUUCAGGUUUACAAUUGUCAGACUUCGCUGCAAAGAUGAAGAUAAUGUGAAGCGAGUACUCGCGAACGAAGAUCGCUAAAGAGAAGUCAUAUUUAAACCGACCACGCUACUCGCCUUAAUUAAUUAAUGGAAUAUAGCUUUAGCGUAACGUCCCGAAGGUAACACGUAUAAUUAACUUAAGAUGUGAACGCGAGAGAGAAAGAAAAAGAGAAAGAGAGAGAGAGAGAGAGAGAGAGAAAGAGAGAGAGAAAAAGAGAGAGAGAGAGAGAGAGUCGUUACGUUAAUUAAUCGUCGUCGAUCAAACGCUAAACGGGAAAUUGAUACUUUGACUAACACGGAGAUCGUUUGAUAUUCGAUCAGAGGAUUCCUCGACAGCAACGAGAUGAUCGAGUCGCACGAAAGGGAGCACUCUUUCUAUUAGGUACAAAUUUUUCAAACAUUUUAUUAAAAUUUUUAAAACAGAAAAUCCUGACGGGAAAUCGACAAUCGUGCAAUUGCGGACAAGAGGUCGGGAAGUGUCAGCGUUGUGUCGAAUGAGAUUGCGAGACGCGGCGAAAAAGCUUUUUACCGAAUUAGUUAACUGCGCCCAUCGUAGCCUUACUCGGGUUCCGACACGCGAAGGAACGAUGUUUAUACUUCCACGUAAGAUCUAGAACGUUGUAAUUCCACUAAUAGCGCCCGAUUCAAGGAACGAAUAUUCGAUCGUUGCGUAGCGUCGUUUUCCUUUUAUCGCAUCCCUCUCGCGUAUUCCAUGGAUUUCUGUUAAAUCGAAUUAAUCUCGUUACGGCACCACUUCGUACUCGGUUCGCCACUUUCAACGCGCGCGAUCAGCGUGACUACAUUGUCAAUGACGAGACUUGGAUUACAUGCCACAUGCGUACAAAGUCAAUCGAUACUUCCGUAUCUCGACCUCCUUUUCUAUGCAUCUUAAACUUGUUAAAAUAUAACGGACAAACAUAUGAAAAUUGUUCCUCCAUUGAUUGCGUAUGCAUUCGAACGCGACUCGAUCUUUUACGUAUGAUUUAAUAUAAUUAAAAAAUGAUUUGCCAUUUAAAAACACAAUUUGUACAAAUAUCAAACCCGAAAGAUUCAUAUUCAUACUCCAGCAACAACAGAUAAUUAAUUUGUGGAGAAGCCUAUACAUUUUCUUUUUGUUACACUUCAGCUGGAAAAAGAAUAGAUAUAUGCGAUAAAUAGAAACUAUUAAAGGAAUACUAAUUUGUUGAAAUUUUGUAAAAUUUAUUCCUUAGUUUAAAAAAAUAUAUUUUUUUACACAUGUCUCAUUUGACAAAUGCAUUUCAAUCGAUGGAUCGAGAGGAUAUUAUAGACAUACGUAGAUCUCUCUUUGCGACUGUCCAAAAUAAACAUCCUUUCUCUUCCCAUAGAUUUGGCUAUAGUUACUCUAACAAUAAGAUACAAUCGACGAUUUGACCAAUUAGACGGCUCGUAUAAGUCGACUCUAACCAAAAACAAGCGCAAAGCUUCACCGGGCAAAGCUAUAUUUCGCAGAUAAAAAAAAGAAAAAAAAUUAAUCGCGACCAUGCGCCAUUAUGCUCGCAUUUUGUAUUGAAUAAACAACAUUUUCUCCAUA